UACGAACAUUUUGGAACGAUAAACCUCGUCAAAAGGUCACAUCUUGUACCAUCCACCUGACUGCUACCCUAUCGAUUUCCCACACAAGGUUAUCGACCGUAGUCGUUGACAACCUACCCAAAACAACACACACAACCAAUCACCACCAUGUCCUCUCCCGUCACUGACUUUCCCGCCCCGGCCUCGUCCCUCCGCAUCCUCCUGCUCGGAGCCGGAGGCAGGGAACACGCCCUCGCCUACAAGCUCGCCCAGUCGCCCAAGGUCAGCAAGGUGUUCGUCUCGCCUGGGAACGGUGGGACGGCGGAUAUGCUCGGGGGCAAGGUCGAAAACGUCGAGGUCAAGUGGGGACAGCAAUUUGACGGGCUGGUAGCUUGGGCCAAGCAGAACAAGGUCGAUUUGCUCAUUCCUGGACCUGAGCAACCUCUGGUAGACGGUGUCGAGGGUGUCUUCCGCCAAGCCGGCAUCGCCGUCUUCGGUCCAUCCCCUGCUGCCGCCCUGCUCGAGGGUUCUAAAGCCCUCUCCAAAGCCUUCAUGGCCCGUCACUCGAUCCCCACGGCCGGAUUCGCCUGUUUCACCCCUUCGACCUACCAUGACGCGCUCUCUUACCUGGACACCUGCGGAUACCCUCGGGUCGUCAUCAAAGCUUCCGGACUCGCUGGUGGCAAGGGAGUGCUCAUCCCGGAGACUAUGGACGAAGCCAGGGCCGCCGUCAAGUCCGUCCUCGUCGACAUGGAGUUUGGGAACGCAGGGGAAGAGGUCGUCAUCGAGGAAUUCCUCACUGGCCCCGAGAUCAGCGUCCUGGCCUUUUGCGAUGGAUACACGUUCAAGUGUCUGCCUCCCGCGCAAGACCACAAGCGGAUAGGCGAAGGAGACGUCGGGCUGAACACUGGCGGGAUGGGAGCCUACGCCCCAGCUCCGGUCGGAGACGAAGAGAUCAUGCGUCGGAUCUCCUCGGAAUGCCUUGAACCCACCUUGAGGGGGAUGAGGAAAGAAGGACACCCGUUCUUGGGCAUGCUCUUUACCGGUUUCGUGCUCACCUCUUCCGGUCCGAAAGUCUUGGAAUACAACGUCCGUUUCGGAGAUCCCGAGACCGAGGCGCUCGUCUUGCUCUCUUCGGGUGACCUGGCCGAGAUCAUGCUCGCCUGUACCGAGAGGAGAUUGGAUUCCGUCGACAUCGACGUUCAACAGGGGAAACACGCCGUCAGCGUCAUCCUUGCCAGCGGGGGAUACCCGGGAAGCUACCCCAAGGGGAAAAAGAUCACCAUCGAUACCGCCAACGUUCCCGAGGGCGUCCACGUCUUCCACGCGGGGACCAAGAAGUUGGAGGACGGAUCGAUCGUCACGGAUGGAGGGAGGGUCAUGGCCGUCUGCGCUGCCGGGGAGACGCUCGAGCAGGCCGUACAACUCGCUUACAAGGGAGUGGACGCGGUCGAUUUCGAGGGCAAGACGUUUAGGCGGGAUAUCGCUCAUCGAGCUCUGGGCAAGGCGUCUUCGAGCGACAAGGGCGACUCGCUCACCUACGCCGCCGCUGGUGUAUCGGUCGACAACGGGAAUGCCCUCGUCGAUGCUAUCAAGCCCAUCGUCAAGGCUACCCGACGACCGGGUGCGGACGGCGAGAUUGGCGGAUUUGGGGGCGCGUUCGACCUCAAGUCGGCAGGCUUUAGGGACCCGGUGCUCGUCAGCGGGACCGACGGGGUCGGGACCAAGUUGAGGGUCGCACUCGAUUGCGGGAUCCACACCAGUGUCGGUAUCGACCUCGUCGCCAUGUCGGUCAACGACCUCAUCGUUCAGGGAGCCGAGCCGUUGUACUUCUUGGACUACUUUGCGUGUUCCAAGCUCGACGUGCCCGUCGCUGCCGAUGUCAUCACUGGGAUCGCCGAGGGGUGUCUCCAGGCCGGUUGCGCCUUGAUCGGGGGUGAGACGGCCGAGAUGCCGGGAAUGUACCACGGAGACGACUAUGACUUGGCUGGGUUCGCCGUCGGUGCGGUCGAACGCGAGUUGCUCUUGCCGCAGCGCAACAUCCAGGCCGGCGACGUCCUCAUCGGUCUCCCCUCGUCCGGGAUCCACUCGAACGGGUUCUCGCUCGUCCGCAAGGUCGUCGCUCGAUCUGGACUCGAAUACACCUCGCCCGCUCCUUGGGACACUUCGGUCACCCUCGGUCAAUCCCUCUUGGUCCCGACCAGGAUCUACAUCAAACAGCUCUUGCCCGCCAUCCGAGCCGGUAUGCUCAAGGGAAUGUCUCACAUUACCGGAGGUGGAUUCCUGGAGAACAUCCCUCGAGUGUUCCCCUCGGGUUCCAACUUGGGAUGCACGAUCGACGCUAAGGCUUGGGAUUUGCCCGCGAUCUGGAAGUGGAUCAUGAAGACUGGAAACAUUGAAGCCCUGGAGAUGGCCAGGACGUUCAACAUGGGUAUUGGCAUGGUCGUCAUUGUCGCUGCCGACAAGGCCGAGGCUGCUUUGGAGAGUAUCAGGAGCUCGGGUGAGCCCGGCGCCAUCGUGAUCGGUGCUAUCAAGGACGCUCAGGGUGUCCAGAUGCAGAACCUGGAAGAGUGGUCUUCGUGAGGCAUUGGACUGUUCCGGGUUUGUCUUGUUAAUGAUGAAUAGAUUGUUUGAUCGAAAGAUGGUUGCCACAUUGCCGGUUGGAUCAGUGCUUUACGACCGGGACGCCACAACGC